GAUCCUAAUACUACUACGACUCGGUCUAAUCCUGACUCCAAUAUCUACAAACAUCUCCACAUUGUGAGAUAUUUAUUUCAGUUCAUAUCUCUUAAAAUUUUUUUUUAUCAAUCUCUCUUUGGAGAAGGAGGUAUGCAACAAUUUUUUUUCUCUCUUUUCUUUUUCCCCUUCAUCUUUUGAAACAACAGCAUUGAUAUUAGAUUGGACAAGAAAGAAUACAAGAUUUUUUUUUUUUGUACUACUCCUCUUUCUACCAAAACCUUCACAUAUUAGUUACUUUCUUGUGAGUUUGUUGCAUCCAUAGUUUUUAUGAUAUUUUGUCGAAUUAUAUAUGAUGUUUUGCUGAUCCAUUGAUUGAUGUAAAUGUGAACUAGAGCUCUUUUGAAUUUAAUCCAACCGUUGCGUAUCAGGAUAUAAAUAAAAGCUUUUAACUCGAUCUAUAUGAAUUCACACCCUAUUCAGGUCUUUAUAUAUUAUAUUUGAUUAAAGGCUCUUUAUAAAAAUUACUAUUUUGUUUGAGCCAAGAAGAAUAUAUACACCAAACUCUGGGCUUCUUGAUUUUAUUUGUAUUUUACUCACCGAUUAACCCAAAGAGACGGUCUUCUUGAAAGUAACAAAACAUGGAGUGCAGGAAAGAGGAGGCAGAAAAAGCUCUGAAACUCGCCGAAGAAAAAUUCAAAGCCAAUGACUUACAAGGAGCCAAGAGGUUUGCUCUCAAGGCGCAGAGCAUUUACCCAUCUCUCCCAAACCUCACGCAAACAAUCACGGCCUACGGCAUCCACGUUCUCGCCGCGACGAAAAGCGACGACUGGCACUCGAUCCUCGGUGUCAGCCCCGACGCCGAUCACGAAACCAUCAAGAAACAGUACAAGAAACUCUGCAUGCUGACCCACCCUGACAAGAACAGAUCAGCCGCUGCCGAGGGUGCCACCAAAAUCAUACUGCAGGCUUGGUCCGUGUUGUCGACCACCCGGACGCCUUCAACAGAGGCUAAUUUCUCUGUCAUUCCCGGCAAUUUCAAAGCUCUGAGAACAUGCGGUCGCUGUCGGAGGACCCACGCUUGGGAAUUCAAGCUGAGCUCGUGCAGGCAGUGUUUGCUUCACCGGUGCAAGAAUUGCGGUACUUGGAGCCCGGUGAAAGAGCCUACCACAAAUUAUGGUUAUGGCACCGGUGACAUUGGCUGCAGUUGCGGCGGAGGCAUUGGCUUGGGGCCGUACAAAUCUCUUUUCUCCAGAUGCACAGGUUGUAAUAAUCACUCUUGUUUGGCGAUUGAUCUUAGUUGGAUGCCGACGCAGAAACCUUGGACUCCAGAAUUCUUGGCUUGUCCUCGUUGCGGGGGUUGGAACAUCUAUUUCGUGGAGAACAGCAAGUAUCACGUCGAUUGCAGCAAGUGCGGAGCGAGUUCUGUCAUAGGUGUGGAUGUCGGAUCAUCCAGCAAGAGCUCGGGAGGAAAGAGGAAGCGAAGUCGUUGGGAUCAGCAUUAGUUCUUGAUAAAUUGGACUAGUUUACAUUAGGUUAUCGAUUGUUUUCUUCCCCCAGCCAAAGUAUGUUAGGAGCCCAGAGUAACUGCUGGAAUUGGACUCCGGUCAGAAAGUCUACAAAAAACAAUUGGGCUACUGCUGAUAUUGGGUGCAGUUGCGGUAAACGUAUUGGUUCAGGACCGUACCGCUCUCUUCCAUCCAGAUGCACCAGCUGUAAUAAUCAAUCUUCGAUCGUGAUGGAUCGUAGUUGGAUACCGAUGUAGGAAUCUUGGAUUCCGGAAUUCUUGGCCUGUCCAAGUUGCAGGGGUCGGAAUUACUCUUUCGUCGAAAAUAGCAAGUAUCAUGUUGACUGCAGCAGGUGUUCGACGAGUUACAUUAUAUCUAUAGAUGUUGGAUCCCCCAGCAAAAGCUCAGGAGAAAAGAAGCGAAGCCGUCAGGACCAGCGCCCCUUAGCUUUGACACUUUUGCGUGUGCUCCCCAACUUGAGGUUGCUUGGAGGCGUUUUAUCCUGCCAAUUCUGAAGUCCAGAAGCAUAGGUCUAUUGCAGUGUCACAUGAUUUAAUCUUUACCUGGGCUGAAAGAUAAUGUUGUAACUCUCUGGUCGCUUUUACAUUUACGCACAUAUUUCGAUUUCAUUCCGUGGGAAUUCUACAAUACCUGUUGAUGCCAAAAGAGGAUAUCGGUUUCUUUUCCCAGAUAUCAUGAUUCACACAUGCC